UGUGUGUGUGUGUGUGUGUGUGUGUGUGUGUUUUUUAAAAUAAAGUCCUGAGGAUUGCACAGUUCUGCCACACAUACAGCCAGUUAAGUAAAUGGCCGUACAUACAGGCUGAAUAUCUGACGACAUCGCAUUCUGCCAGUGUGUACAGCAGCCAGUCCGACAGCAGCUUCUGUUCGGCUGGCUUCUAUCAAAGGGGUAUGACUGAUAAAGGUCUGCCGAACGGCAUCCGAUCGGUGCUUUUAGCCAGAGGGUGACGGAGGGCGUUGACCGUUGUGUGUUCUGGUGGGGGGGGGGAGUAGUCUCCCCCACUGAGAUAUUGUGUUUUAACAUUGGUUUGUUAGUGCAGCCACUCCUACCAAGCUCUUUCGUUUUGUUUUUUUUUUGUUAUUUCCGCUCAGCCCACUUGGUUGAACGAAAACUUAAUAGUGUGUACUAGGCUUAACACCUAAAAGUCUUGUCUCUCCCCCAGCCUGUAACUGAACAGCUAAAGGAGUAGCAACAGACUAAGAACCCUCCUCUGUCUGUGUCUCUGCUUUUUCCACCAAUUGGAAUACUCUUCAUUGGCACAUAAACAAUGCAGUACAACUGUCUAGAGAUCCUUAUGCUGCCUUUCCGACUUUGGGUUCUGCUGGACAGGAGAUUGUAAGAGGCUAAUUCUGAACCGGAAGCUUGCAAUGCUUGGUUUAAAAAGUUGUAUUAAUGAAUACAGAGCUGCAUUGUUUGGUGUAUUUUCCAUUCGCCUGGAGUUCAGCUUUAUUUGAUCUAUAUGGUAAGCACAGCAAAAGCAAAGCUUUAACAUCUGCAUUCACCACAGAGAUUAAGUAUUAGUUAAUGGUUAAUAAACUAUAAUUGUCUCCCUUCUGACUUCUGUACCCAACACACAAAGCUUUUUGUUACUCCAGAUUUGUAAAUGCUGCCUAAAAAAAUCUAGCUGCUCCAUAGGCCCACGAUGAAUACAGUUCUGCUCAGCACUAUGCCACUUCAUUGCAGUAGUAGCUUAAAUACUGGUAUUCAUGUAACCUAAUAAUUGUUCUAGGACACUGGACAUUAUAUAUACAUCUCUAAAAUAAUAAUCUCAAUUUCUAUGGUAACCCAAUUUCAGCUUUCAGAAUAACACCAGUUAAGAGUCCAAAUUGGUUAUUUUAUACAUUUUAUUUAUAUAUUGUUUAUGAAACUAUAGAAAACAUGACAUUUUAGACAUAAUUAAAGUUCUAGAACAUUAAAAUAGUUUUGUAUUCCGUAAUAAAUCCUUCACAUGGAGAUCAUUUUGCUAUAUUUUACUUUGUGCCAUUUAAAUAUUGAGGGCGCCAAUUCCUACAUCAUUGGCUACAAUCAUAAAGAAAUGUAUUACUAGAGUAUUUUCUACAACUGUAUUGAAAAAAAAAAGUGAGGACAGUACACUUUUUCUUUUUGGGAUGGUUUUGGAGAAGGAAUUUUGCUGGGUGGUUCUGGUUCCUGACGUGAUGGAGUAGGAGGGAUAUGAGGGGAGUGUGAGGUGUCUGGGUUGUGUAUGUAUUUCUCUCUUGAUCCUCAGCUAAACAUUUCCAUCCUUACUGGACAGAGACACCUUUGUUAACCCGGAGGCUGCAAGGUCUCCCUAACGUCUCACCUCUCAGUCUACAUCUUCCCAGCCAGAGACAGACAUGCCUUGCACGAGGACCCCACAGCUUGUGCUGCUGCUACUUUUUACUGGAAUUUUACUCCCUGCUUUCCUUACAGUAGGCUAUCCCCAAGCGGCAGCACCCACAGUGUGGCAGGAGCCUCCAGAGCUUCCUUCAGGAGCAGAACCCAUUGAGACCACACCAUCUGUGCCCUUCUCCGAUGUUACUGGGGUUCCAGCCGAUGCCUCCGAGCCAGACCCCACAUUUGAGGAUCCUCUGGGUAACAGUGAUGGUUCCCUGGGUCCUGGAGCUGUCGCUGCCAUUGUUCUGGCCGCCCUCCUUGGCGCCUCUGUUCUCAUCGCCCUGAUUGUCAUCACCCUCCGAAAAUUCUCUGCUGCAUAAAAGAAAAUCAAAUCGCAUCCACUCUUCAUGGGCAAGCUGCACCUGUGAGAUACGUUACCAGAAAAAAGGCCCAUUCUUUCCCACAAAAUGGCUUGAUGCUGUAUUGCAAGAAUUUGUGUGCUGGCUUCACUAAAUCCAAAUAUUGUAAACAUGGGCCUUGUAGAAAACCAAAAGUCACCCUCCCUGCACCAGAAGAAAAUAAAAUACCUGUCUGAAAAGUCUCCAUUAUGAUGAUGUAAGAUAUACAUUAUGCUGUAAAUGUAUUUAAAAAGUAUUAAAUAGAAUAUGAAAAUAGAAGUAUGCUAA